AUGAAGAACAAAUAUCGAGGCAAUGCAAGAGUCAAGAGAGCACAACUGCAGACUCUUAGGAGAGAUUUUGAAGUGUUCGAAAUGAAAGACGGUGAGUCGGUGAAUGACUAUUUUGGAAGAGUCAUCGUGGUGGCAAAUGCUAUGAGGAAUUGUGGUGAAACAAUGGAUGUUGUGAAGGUGGUUGAGAAGAUUCUUCGCACCCUAACAGAGAGAUUCGAUUAUAUUGUCUGCUCUAUAGAAGAAUCAAAAGAUAUUGACACCCUAACGGUUGAUGCACUUCAGAGUUCAUUGUUGGUACAUGAACAGAAAUUCAACAGGAAGAAUGGUGAAGAUGAUCAGGCCUUAAAAGCUACUCAUGACUAUGGUGGAAGAGGUGGAAGAGGCAAUGGUAGAGGAAAUUUUUGGGGCAGAGGAAGAGGUAGAGGAGCAAGGCCCUGGAAUCGUGAUACAGUGGAGUGUUUCCAUUGCCACAAACUCGGACACUUCAAAAAUGGAUGUCCUGAUUGGAAUGCUCAAGCAAAUUAUUCCAAUGCAGGAUAUCAUCAUGAUGAUAUGACAGAGGAAGUGCUCCUUAUGGCGACUAUUGAAGAAGUGCAAAGCAGGAAUGAAGAAGUGAGCUUAAUGGUUUAUGGAGAUCAAAGCUUUGAGAGUCAGCAGAGCUGGUGGUUUCUAGAUUCUGGGUGCAGCAAUCACCUGAGUGGAACCAAGGAAUGGUCACUCUUGAUGAGAAAUUCUGAUAGUGCUCAGUUUUUAAGGACUGAGCAAACCUCCUCAAGCAGGUAUAAAGAGAGAGAAGAGAGUUUUCUUAACAGAAUUUCAUUUCAUAAUCUGCUCCAAGAGCAAUUACAGCAUAUAAGGAAAUGCAAUAGAGAAUCUAGUGAGAGAUCUUACAGCUAA